GAGAGAGUGAUCAAUGUUGUGAGCCACAGCUCAAUGUUGGCAGCCUGCAUUGCAAUCACUGCGCGGCCUAAUUCGAUAGUCCGGGACAUCUUCACAAUGCCGUGAAACCUGCAAGCGCAGCUACUUGGGCAGUGAAGUGAAGGUGUUCGGAUGGGCGACCCGCAAUGAUCCCAGAGGGAAGGCCAAGACGCGAACAGACGGCAAGUGUACCCGACGUCAUGCCUGCUCCAGCAGCUCCACAGCCCCUCCACCCACCACCAUGGCUCACUUGUCCAGGAUAACACUGCGCCGCGUGAGCAGGGCCGCCGAGUGCAAUUGUGCGCGUUCGUUCCUGGCGCGACCUGCCACAGUUCCAGCGACGCAUCGCGCCUUCCGCACCACGUCUCCCAGCCGAACCGAUGGCGUAUUUCGCGAGCUCACGGCGCAGCGCCUGCAGACGCCAUGGGUCGAAGCAUUGCGCAAACAACAGGAGGAAAGCAAGAGCGGCGCCAAAAAGCCCCUUGCGCCUCAGGUCCCCAAAGAACGCGAUUUGACCCCAAAGCGCAUGGAUGACAGCUACCACAAAGUCGUGCUUCCUCUUGCGCAAGACCCAUGGCUGCUCGACACGUACCUCAACUCCUCCGGUCACAUACGGUUGGGGACGAUAUUCAUGGAUCUCGAUGCGCUUUCUGGAGUUAUCGCGUACAAGCACACUGGCGACGACGUAACCACCGUGACCGCCAGCUGCGAUCGCAUCGUGAUCAACCAUCCCCUGACCGAGAUCUGCGAUUUGGAACUGUCUGGGAAAGUCACAUAUGCGACUGGCAGGAGCAGUAUGGAGAUCACUAUGCAGGUCGCGAAAGCACCGCAAGAGGGCCAAACCAUCAAGAACGAGGACGUGCUCAUACACUGUACAAUGACAAUGGUUGCUCUAGAUCCAGCUACAAAGAAACCAGUCAACGUUAACCCGCUCAUCGUCUCCUCACCCGAAGAAAAGCGUCUCUACGACCUUGGCGAACGCAACUCAAAAGUCCGCAAACAACGCAAAGAGACAGCUCUCACCAAACACACGCCCAACGACCUCGAAUCAGACCUCAUACACGCCUUCUGGCAGAAGCAACUUCAGUACCAUGACCCCUAUGACGAGCUCCGCAAACCCGACAACGCGCACUUCAUGGACACCACCAUACUCCGCAACGCCACCAUCAUGCAGCCCCAGAACAGAAACAGGCAUCAAUUCAUGAUCUUUGGUGGCUUCCUGCUGAAGCAGACAUUCGAGUUGGCAUUCACGACCGCCGCUGCCUUUGCGCACGCGCGCCCCACGUUCGUCUCGCUCGAUCCGUCAACCUUUCAGAACCCUGUACCCGUCGGCUCGAUCCUAUACAUGACGGCAACGGUCGUAUACACAGACCCCCCACUCAUCGGUGCCCCAGACGAGCAGUUCGACCCUCAGAGCGAAUACACAAGGGUGCAGGUGCGCGUGGACAGUAAAGUGCGUGAUGUCGAGCACGGCCGUUCCAAGCCCACGGGAACAUUCAACUACACAUUCACCGUGAAGAAGAACAUCAGAGUGGUACCGAGGACGUAUCAGGAAUUCAUGCUGUAUCUUGACGCGAGGAGACGAGCGGAGCAGGUGAAGGAGACUCUGCAGCAUGAGGGCGUAGGACUCAGCGCGCAGACCGCGGAGGAGAGUGUGACUGAGUAGCGCGGUCUCUGGCGACCCUGUAAUCAUUGUACAUCAGACCGAAGUUAGAUCGCGCGAGGGGACUUGUGCGGGCAUGCGCGUAGCACAGUCUAGGAAUGCUAUGUAGAGCGAGUUGACCCACGCAACAUUGACACGAGAAAGUACUCAAUUGGGAUCCAAACGGAAAUCAUCUAAGCAGAAGCCUCUGUCACAAAACUAAGCAUACUGCGCUCUAUGGUAUAUCAACAGGACAAGAUUCAGUCCAGCACCCAAUCCAAAUCCACGUAACGCCU